AUGUCCACAUCGAAAGUCACAACGCCGUCCUCAUCCAAACCAGCAAACAAUAAAGAAGGUUCUUCUUCGAAUUCUACAUCGUCGCGUCCCUCAAGUGGACGUCAGAGUCGUUUCAGGGGCGAUGUGCCCGCCUUCAACCCUACGGGACAGUCCCCUUUCGUGUUGGCCCAACAGUUCCAGACCCCUCCCCAGGCAUUUCCUCAACAUCAUCAACCAUACCAGCAGCAUCCGCAGAUGAUGUACGGGAACCAGGUGCCCGGUACAUACAUGCCAUAUAUGGCAUACCCCGACUACAUGAUGGGGUACCAGUACUUCCCUAUGCCCACCACUCCAUUCCCACAGCCCUAUAUGGCUCCGCAUAUGAACAGCAUGACCAACUACAUGGCUCCAAACAGUAAACCAAAAAAGUACUCCAAGGGGCAAAAUGCAUAUAAUAACACUAACAGUCAUAAUAAUCACCAGGGACCUUCCAUGGACCCUAGCAUGGAGGGCCUUCCUCAGGGCAUGCCUCCAACGACGCCUUCUUAUGCACCGUACUCAACUCGUUCAGAAACUCCCAGUACGGAAUCUUAUACCCCACAGCAUACCGAAGGAAGCCAUGAAGCGACGCUACCUGAACAAACACCACCAUCUCCCCAUGUAACUACCGAAAUAGAAGACAAAGUAUCAGAGCAGCGGCUGCCUUCUGUUGCCGAAACUUCUCAAGGUAGCCCGUCGGAAUUGAAGAUCGCAAAGGAAGCCAGCGCUCAACUUCCACAGGAGGAUGAUUGUAAGGAUGCUCGCCGUCUUCCUCUCACAUUCAACACGACUCUUGACGAGUAUUCUAGCUUGAGAAGAUCUGAUGCCAGCCUAAAGCAGACUCUAUUACAGUCGAAAUUGGCUCGAGUUCAAAAAUAUGUUCAGCAGCGAAAGAACACUUCCGGAUCGUCCAACCUCCUAAUCAACAAAAACGGACUUCGGCAGCUUAUAGACCACGGAAGUGGAAAGUUUGCGCAAGAGCUUAUUUAUCCUGCUGAGCUUCUCGAUGUCACUGAAAGACUGAACGACAAGGAAGUGAACGAAAAGACACAAAAAACUAUACCUACCAACUGGGCCUCAGUAUUGCAAAGCACUGCCGCGAAGAAGGUUAGCAAAAAGACUUCCACGCCUUCUAAGCCUGCUUACACCCCAAUUGAAAUAUCAAGAGAUGCCUCAGCGACACCGCCACAAGACAGCAGACCACAAUCCCUUGGAGUGUUACUGUUUAGAAUCUUGUUUGACCCUAGCUUCUCCUUAUCUUCCUUCCCAUCGUACAGAAUCAAUCCAAGAGGGUUGACAAAUACAGGUAAUAUCUGUUACAUGAAUGCCGUUCUCCAAUGUCUCAUGUUCUGUGAGCCGUUCAAUAAGCUAAUUCGCUAUGUCGAUGAGAAAGCUGUUGGGUCACUUGAUAAAAAUUCACUGCAACCUAUCAUUGACGCCACUAUUCAGUUCAUUAAGGACUUCUUGAAGGUGACUUCCCAGAAUGGUUCUAACAACAGCAACGGCACUCUUAAUAGCCAUGGCAUAGUUAUUGGCCGUCCACUCUCACCCGAGGUUCUCUACCAAAAGUUAGUCGAAAACACCAAAUUCAAGCACUUGAAGUGGGGACAGCAAGAGGACGCCGAGGAGUUCUUAACUUAUUUUCUUGACGGCCUUCACGAGGAUUUUGUCAAGGCAGCGGCAGGUAUUUCUCCUGCGCAAAUUGAUGAACUCAUAGAGUCUUGUCAAGCAAACACAAAUGACAGCACAGUCAAACAAAAUAUCAAGAGCAAAAUAAAGUCAGCGUACAGGGUUACUAGAACUUCGCAUAAUGCUGGCGAGGAAGAAAUAGAUGCUCUGGAAGGAGAAGAAGAGACUAGUGGUUGGUCUGAGGUCGGCACCGGGAAACGGGUUUCCAAAAAGAGGGUUGUCGAUGUAGAACCAUCACCAAUCACCCUGAUUUUUGGCGGCAGGUUCCGCAGUGUCUUGACAAUCCCAAAGGGCAAAGAAUCACAAUCUAUCACCGUUGAUCCUUUCAGGUGUAUGCUGGUUGACAUCACCCAGAAGGGUGUAACAACUAUCGAAGAUGCGUUGUGGAGUCUGCAUCAGAUAGAAAAAAUUCCUUUUAAGAUUGACUCUGAGAGGGAGGUCAUCGCUAAGAAGCGUACAUUCAUCGACCAGCUUCCGGAAGUAUUGCUUCUUCAACUCAAAAGAUUUGCAUACCAACAGGAGGACGCCAGCAGCAAUGAAAAACGGGAUGAAUCUGACGAGUCAAACGGCAACGAAAGAGUCGCAUAUGGCACUAUAGAAAAGGUUAUGAAAGAAGUGAAGUUUGGGUUGAAUUUGACGAUACCACCAGAAUGUCUUUCUGCAACCCUUCGGGCAGCUAACGAAAAAACUGAUUACAAGCUCGUCGGUGUCAUCUACCAUCAUGGCCGUAACGCCGAGGGCGGACACUAUACCUGUGAUGUGUACCGUAACGGCAUUGCCGAGUCGGCAAACGUGGGGGACAAGAAGUGGUUACGUAUCGAUGAUACCGCGGUGGAAGCUAUCACUUCAGACGCUGUCAUCGAGACCCCCGAGGCUAAGGAUAAAAGCGCCUAUAUCUUGAUGUACCAGAGGAAAUAA